AUGCGAGCGACGUCGCGGCUUUUCGCGACUGUCAGAUCAGCGUCGAAAUACCUUGAACCCAAUACGCCCACAGGCCUUACGGGCCUCACAACACAUCCAUCCCCUCGUCCUGCCCUCAUUUACACGUACCGGCAAACCCUCAAUAAGCUCGCUCAACUACCCAAAAGCUCCGUCUACCGCCAAUCAGCCGAGGCUUUCACAAAACAGCGCCUGCAGGUAGUCGAGUCUGUAAAACCAGAAGGAUACGAGCAAUGGCUGGAACGUGUGCGCAAGCAGAUUGAAGCCAGUCCCACAGCUUUCAGUAAAUUGAUGAAUGAAGAUGGCUCAUUGGGUAGCGAGAAGCUACAUGUGGAAGCAGUGGACAACUGGGACGGCAAGAUCUCGCGGCACGAUGCGAAAUAUGAGGGACCGAACACGAUGGCCCAGGCAGAGGCCAAAGCAAGGGCUGUUAUGGAUGAAGUGCGAGAAAAAGACCUUGAAGACAAAGAAGGGGUUCAGCCUACUGUAGAGGACUUGGAGGUGGAACCACCGUUGACGAGAGAGCAGAUCGAGAGUAUCGAGCAAAAGAUUGGUGCUGGUUUAAUUGAAGAAGUCAUCCAAGUUGCCGAGGGGGAGCUGGAUCUGGUGGCCGAGAUGCUACGAUAUCAAGUAUGGGACGAUCUGGAAGAAAAGACUCCCACAGGUCAAUGGGAGUACUUUGAACGUGGCAACAGAGUCUAA